UUGAUUUAGUUUUAAUUAAGCCCUAGAUUAAACCACAUGCAGAUUUAUAGUACCACAGUCAUGCCAGUCGUCAGCGAUGGCGUCCAAAAGCAGCACAUCCACUUUAUUCUCUACAUACAAGUCAUCUAAAAUACACAGAAAUUACUCCAGAAACGGUGCCAAUUCCAGCAGAUACAUUGUCGGCUCGGUGGGAAAAUCUUGCGGAAAACAUAUCAAUUUUGGUGGUGAGAGUGGAAGUAAUAGUAGUUCGGGUAGUAGAAAUUGUGGUACUUUGCAUCAAAAUGUGGCGAUUGCGACACAAGUCUUAAAUCCAAGUGCGAUUGGGGGAUCAUUAAAAAAUCGGAGAUUUGUCGAACAUUUUGGUCGCAAAGAGGACGAUGAGAUCAGUUUUCUGAACAGGAGAAGCCGGGCAGUUUGCAGUAAACUUUGUUAUUAUGGAAUAUCAAUUGGAGUGACGAUGGUCAUGAUUACAGGACUAAUCGUGGCCGUCGGUUACAUGCAGUCCGAAAAGCAAAAGGUUUCCACCCGUCCAGUUAAACUCGCCCAAGGACAAGAUUAUCACUCCUCCACGACCCAUCUCCCCCUCGUAAUUCUGCACGGAACCACGACCACGGUCAAACCCAUCAAACGAGUUUCUUUCGAUCCGGACAAUGAACUAGAAGAAGAUGGUGAAAAUGAUGACAUGAUGGAUGAAAUCAGCGUUACAGACUUUAUCCAAACGCGUCCACCCCAACCUCGUAGUAAUCAUCAUCAAGCAGGAAUUUUUAAUUUUAAAGUGUCAACAACAAAUCAACACCGUCACAAUAUUCAUGAUGCGAACGAUGACGAAAACAACAUUCCGGACGACAACAAAUCUAAAUUUGGUGGAAAUUCACAGUUUUCAAAUCAUAAUCAUGAUGAUGAAAAUGAUGAAAGUGACCAUGAUGAUGAGACCAAGUCCCCGGAAGAAGAGGAUUACGAUUACGGACGAGGAAUAGAUAAUCAGAAUCAGCAUUCAGUUCGAGGGGAUGACAAGGGCCGACAAUUCUCAGAAGUGAGAGUCAAGCCCCCUUCAGGAUUUAAGUUUGACGGGAUAUCCUUUGAAUUUCCAAUCUAUCGAACCAAUACCACUACUACUGAGAAGAGCAGUACUUCUACCGUUCUACCGGAUGUGGACGGUGAUGAUGAUGAUGAGGAAUUGCACCCAAAUGACGACUUGAGUGAAAUUGAGACUGAAAGCGCAAGUAGUAGUUCUGCAUCAGUGAAGGAUUUGUCUCCCACAACGCAACCUACAACAACGCCGUUGGGAGCUCAGGAGGAUGAGACAAAAGGAUUAGAAACGAGUAUUAAGCACUCUAAUUCCAAUUCUGGUACUAAUUUCACUUCUCUAAUUGACUCCCAAGAAAAUAAUCUGCAUAAAGAGGUUUUGUCUUCGGAUUUGGAUGAUGAAGAAAUUGAAAAUUACGCCAACGCAAACAUUCAACAAGACGCUAAUUCUUCGGGCUCAUUGUUUUCUCAACAACUAAACCCUUCUAACUCAGCCAAGUCUGACAGCUCUAAUUCUAAUAGUAACGCAAAGAAUGGGGAUGAUCAAAUAAUUGUAAAAGCCAGCAGUGGUGGAUUCAAGACAAAGAAGACCCAAUAUGACAAAAACUAUCAUGACGAUUUCAACAUUGGAGAAGCAACAACCGCAGUGGCAACGUUACAAACUGAUAUUUUUGAUAAUGCCGAAGAGUUUCAAGCCAGUGCGUCCGAGGACAGUGAGAUUGAUGUCGAGUCUGGUGAUGCAGGUGGCCGUUUAGUAAAUGACGAGGAGGAGGAGGAAAGAAACAAUACGCCGUCAGAUCGCGUCACUACAACUAGACGCCCAAAACCUAAUAAUAAAAAUUAUGACAAUGGGAACAAUAAAAACAAUAAUGAGGAACGUUACAAGGACACUGCAGCAACCCCCCAAAAAUCAAAUAAGGGCCAACGACGAGGAAAAAUUGUGCGACCGAGCCCGUCUCAGCCUCCAUAUCAUCAAGAGGUCGAUUAUGAUGACGGUGAUGAACCACCCCCACCCCCAAAAAAUAAUGCCCGGACAAAUAAUAAGGGUGGUGGUGGUGCUGGUGGCAAAAAACUUUCACUGAAGCAGAAAAAAUUUCGUGGAAAAGUCAAGGGUACUAAAGAUAAAGACCAGUCGACAGGACAGCAAAACAUUCAGCUUGAACAUAUUGCAAUAAGUUCAGGAGAAUCACUACCAAUUGCUAAUUUGGAUUACAAAGUAGAUUUUAGCAGAUUCAUCCCCACAACUCCGGCGCCUUCUUUUUCUCUUACGACUGACAAUCCUUCACAGGAUUCCGACAACAUUGAAUACCAACCUCCAACCAUCUCACACUCUGUAAAUCCAUAUCCAGACUUUCGAUUUGCACCUCCUCCUCCAGAACGUCACAAACCAUUCGACUUGGACGAAUAUCUUCAGAAACAUGCCCACAAAAAAGUUGUAGACACUUCAGAUGACGCUACUACUCAAUCCCCAUCUCCUCCUGCUCCCACAAUUAAUUUGGACUUGUCCUCCCUGGCCAACUUUCAACAAUCCUUCUCCAAUGUGGCUGACCCCACUGCGGCCUCGAAUCCUUAUGCCUCAUUUGGAGGAAUAAGUGGUGCUGGUGGUUCUGUGUCCCCCUCCUUCAGCGAUACUCCGCCAUCACCGCUGGCAUUUACGCAAGAUAAUCAAUUCAGUAAAAGAACAUUAUAUAAUUUGGAUUCUUAUCCCAGUUCAAAUACAAACGAGUUUGCUCAUCUUCUAGGCCCGCAAGUACCAACGACCAAUUUUGGAGCGGCUUCCCCCACGGGCGCCACGCUAAAUAUUUUCCAAUCUCAACCUAGCUACAAUUUUGAUGGAGGAAAUUCUGGGGGAGGAGGAGGAGGAACUUAUCAACCAUCAGCCGCACCCAAUUUUAAUUUCCCAACCUUCAACGCCUUGUCAUCAUCGGCAUCAUCAAAUGCGCAACAUGGAUUUCAUGUUGACGCCAAUGGGGCCUUUUCCCUAAUCACUCCGUCAAAUUUACCAUACCCCAACAUUCCCACUGGUCAAGUGACGAGCGACAAUAGUAACAACCUGGCCAGCAACAAUUUCCAAAAUGCCUACUCAUUCACUAACAAUGAACCUGCGUCGUCCUCCAAGAAUUUGAUUCUAACGACAGGGACGGGUCAAAUACCGACGUACAACACCAUUACACAAGGAAUUCAUUUAUUGUCACUGCUUUCUGGAAGAAAUUCUGGUGGAGGUGGAGGAUACCAAAAUUCUAAUGAUCAACUUUCCAGUGGAUCUUCAAACUAUGAAAAUAUUGCAGAAAUGUAUCCCGGAUCUCAACCUCUGGUCCAAAUUCCAGGAUUGUCUGGUGGUGGUGCAUCCGGAAAUUUCGACAAUUUUCAAUCAAGCUAUCCAAGUUAUACUCAAGAUUUCUUUCCUCAAAAAAAUUUCAAAGGUUUCGAUCAGUCUGGGGAUCAAGACCCGUCAGCCUCAAAUCCAAUAGCAUCAUUCAGCCAAAACAUAAUUAUGAAAGCUGCAGAUCUGGAUUUUGGGAUGAACAAUGUGAAGGCCAUCCAUCAGAUGACUCAAAUGUCACCUCCCACGACAAAGUCUUCGAUAUCGGAAUUUCAACUAGUUGGACUAACAACCACGCCGUCACCUCCACCAAAAUCGUUUGCCCUCAGCAUUGUCCCCAAAUCAACUAGCAGUACUCGGAAGAGCAAACAUAAGGCAAAGGUCUCAACAACAACAACGCCUCAAUCGAUGGAUUCUUCCGAAUUGGAGCAAUCUGUUCCGAAAUCCAGAAAACGGCUAAUGACGCCCGAACCUGAUUUAGACGUUGCAGAAUCAGGGAUUCACGUUUUUGCGACCGAUGCCCCCAGUAAGAGGAGGUUCAGUGCAGUAACUAAUACUGCAUUCGGGCGACCUGGGAAAGGGACAAGCUAUAGGGGAUUAAAGUCAGGAUUUUACAGUUGAAGAUAUAAAAUAGUUGACUUAUUAUUUGCAAUUUUAGGAUAAUUUAUGACAUUUUUUCCUUCUACAUUUAUAUAAUCUUCUUCAUAGCAUCUGACAGUUAAAAAGUUGCCAGUUCUAUAAAUGAUACACCGAUUUGCAUGGAAUAAAUCUAUAUGUUAUUCUUUUUAAUAUAACUGAUACACGUUUAUAAGUUGCUCUCGCUGUUAUAAUUUAGGAAAAGAUUAAUAAAUUACAAAAAAAAUAUUUACCAAAAA